CGUCUUGCUCACCCUGAGCCGCCCGAGCGGGGCGUGGGGGAAGGUGGACCCCGUUCUCCGGUUCCAGCCCCGUGGCUCCCCCGCCUCCCUCUCCGGACCGGAGCGGAGCCGGAGCCGAGGAGCGGCGGGUCCCUCAGAGCCCGAGAGCCCACAGCGCUUGCUGAUCCCGGACUGGCCGGAGAGGAUCCAGGAGCCUCCCGUUGGGGGAAUUUUCCCGGAUUGUCUGGUGACGCUUGGGUGUCCCAUCCCUGGAACUUUGGCUCUCCUCGGUGGCAUGGAAGUUCCCUGUGAUCUGAGGCUUGUUAAAAAAUACAUAUAUGUGUGAUCAAAUAAAAUUAUAUUUCCUCCUCUUCCCAAGCAGCAGAUUUUUAUGACGGCUCCUCCUUCAUGUCAGAGACACUUGCGUGGCUUCUUUGGGUUAUAAAGUUUUGAUGCCAGAUCUCCGCAGCGCGUGCCCAACUGAAUCUUAAAGUAGCAGCUGGAAGAGGGAAGCGGAGAAAAGGAGAGCGAGAGAGAGAGAGAAAGAGAGAGAGAGUGUGAGAGAGAGCAAUCGUGACCUUCGCUGCCGCACUUUCCUUCUCUCGCCCUUCCCCUCCAGCUCCUCCUUGCCGGAGGGACCCCGCGGGAAACCUCCGGCCGGUGGAUGCCGCUGGGGGAACUCGGCUGUCCGUCGAGCAGGAAGCUGAGGCUGGAUUCUGGGGAGAAGCUGUAGAGUCCGAGGAGCCUGGGCUCCCCCCCGCGUCGGCCAUCCCUGUGGGCCCUCCGUUGCCACCCCUCGUCCUCCUCCCUCACCCGCCCCCUUCCCGUGCCCGGCUCGGGGCAGCGCCGGCCGACGAGGAUGGGGGUCGGCGGACGCUUGGUCCUGCCCUGGAGGGGCCUCGUGGUCCUGUCUCUCAGGCUGCUCUUCCUUGUGCCCGCAGGAGUGCCCGUGCGCAGCGGAGAUGCCACCUUCCCCAAAGCCAUGGACAACGUGACCGUGCGACAAGGGGAGAGCGCCACCCUCAGGUGCACCGUGGAUGACCGGGUGACACGGGUGGCCUGGUUGAACCGCAGCACCAUCCUUUAUGCCGGGAAUGACAAGUGGUCCAUAGAUCCCCGCGUUGUCAUCCUCUCAAACACCAAAACCCAGUACAGCAUCCUGAUCCGCAAUGUGGACGUCUACGAUGAGGGGCCAUACACCUGCUCCGUGCAGACAGACAAUCACCCCAAAACCUCGCGAGUCCACCUCAUCGUGCAAGUUCCCCCACAGAUUAUGAACAUCUCCUCAGACAUCACAGUGAACGAGGGGAGCAGCGUGACCCUGCUGUGUCUCGCCAUUGGCAGGCCAGAGCCAACGGUCACCUGGAGACACCUGUCCGUCAAAGGGCGGGGCUUCGUGAGUGAGGACGAAUACCUGGAGAUCUCCGGCAUCACCAGGGAGCAGUCCGGGGAGUAUGAAUGCAGUGCCUUGAAUGACGUCGCAGCUCCAGACGUGCGGCGAGUCAAAAUCACCGUGAACUACCCUCCUUACAUCUCCAAUGCCAAGAACACCGGAGUCUCACUUGGCCAGAAGGGGAUCCUAAGCUGUGAAGCCUCCGCCGUCCCCCUGGCUGAAUUUCAGUGGUUCAAAGAGGAGACAAGGUUAGGCACUGGCCUGGAUGGAGUGAGGAUUGAGAACAAAGGCCGUAUGUCCACGUUGACGUUCUUCAAUGUUUCAGAAAAGGAUUAUGGGAAUUACACCUGCGUCGCGACAAACAAGCUGGGAAACACCAAUGCCAGCAUCACCCUGUAUGGCCCCGGAGCCGUCAUUGAUGGGGUAAGCUCAGCCUCCAGAGUGCUGGCCUGUCUCUGGCUAUCAGGGACCCUCUUCGCUCACUUUCUCAUCAAGUUUUGAUAAGAACUCCUCGGGUUCUCAGAGCGACGCCUGGCUUCUCCAUACCACAGACUUUACUCUGCGCCGCGGAGGGCAAACCAGAUAUUUUUCAGCUUGAAUGAGUGGG